AUGGACACCACGAAUGCCAAACUGCUCCGUGCAGUCGUCAACCACGUGGUUCUUCCGCCCAAUCUACCUGAAAAAGUCGACAACAACCUUGAAGAGAUUAAUCGGGAUCUUCUGCUGCGCGUCCGGGAUGCCUGCCUUGAGUUGGAUACAGUCACCAAAGGCGAAUUCCAGCAACAGUUGGGCCUCCUACAGAGUUCACUGGAUCAUUGUCAAAACAUCCACGCCUCGGUACAUCUUGACAGCCUUCAACUCCAACGUGCAUUCCGGAGACUGCAAAUCGGAGAAGUUCUCGUCAUUCACAUUAGCGAGCAGAACGCAGGACUCUUGGUUAGACAUGGUAACAGUUCCUUCAAGGGCCAUGUCGUUUUUGAAGCCUUUGAAGUCUCUGCAAAGUCCCAAAAAGUUCUCGAGUCCCUGAGCGCACUGCAAUGGGAUUUUCCCACCUCUGCCGCGGCUAUACCGGCCGAUGUCUUCGCCGACGAAAGCUUCCAGCAAAACCUUGCCGAAUUUCUGCAGAAAGCGAGUCUAGAAAGAGUCGAUAGAUUUGGAGCGGUCGUUUACAAAGCCAACUCACCGGCCCUUGAGACACGGGAUACAAACGACCCUGCUCUAGUCACUGGUCUAUUGAUCACGUUGCUGGAGGGGAUGGGCCAGCUGACCGCUACCUCUCCCAUCCGCAAACGUGUCAGAGACGAAGUUUGCCGGAAAGACUCGGGCAUCCCAUGGAGAAGAUCGCCGUUUUGGCUGCUUCUGCGGGUGGGCAUCUUGCGCCUCCUAGAGCAAGCGACAUGUCAUUCGAUCUCAAACGCCCUGUACAAAGCCCUGAUGUGUGUCCUCCACGCCCAAUUGUUGGGUCAGGUAGUCGGCUCUCAGGCUCCUGAACUCAGCCAUCUCCUCCUGAGAAAGCUUGGUCGACGAGUAGCAAAACUGGAAAAGGAUAGAGCUCUUGUUCCAGCUUCAGAGUCCAGGAUAUCAGACGCUUACAGUGUCCUUUUGGAUAAUCUUCGUCCUUUUUUCUUUGCCACGACAAAGCAUGCGACAUAUCAACUCCAAAGUGUCUGGGACGGUCACAAGUCGAAAAUUCGGCGUUGGAUCACUCAACUGAAGACACGACAGGCCAGACCGGAGCACAUGAAGCUCAGCUUGACGAAUAGCGCUCUUUAUUUUGACCACCUGAAUCAACACCCACCUCUCAGGAUCGCACACGGAGGAUCAUAUGCCAUGCCGCCCACACUGCUGGACUUUCUUAAGAAGUACUCGGAGCUCACGGAGCUGGAGGAAGGAAUCUUGACCCGAAACACUCCAGUCGUUGCCGCCAACCAUAAGACGUGGGUAGAUUCAAGCAUACAGCUUGCAAAACAAAUCGAAACUUACCUUGGCAAAUCGAUCGACUCAUUCGAGGUGGGAACAGAAGAUCGCAGUUGUAUGAUUCUAACGACAAUGUGGCUAUGGGUUGCGAUGGACAAUCUGCUAUGUCGCUUUAUGCCCGAGUUCUCCAGGUCCAACCCAGUCUUCGCCCCACAAAUUCUUGACUGUCUACGGCUUUCCUCGUACUCUGAACUGCGUCGCCUCAAGCAGGUCCAGACCUACCUUGCUCAGCGUCACUCGGGUGACACGGAUACUGUCUCCUCGCGGACCGUCUUGGACCCUCCUAUUUCAGGCUGUUUUGCUGAUCGGUUCUACGAAAGUCUGCCCUCACAUUCCGAGAUUCACCUACUGCAUCAAGGUAUUGAGCAGACAGAGCAGACACGAAAGCAGGAGAAAGAGAUGGAAUGGACAGAAAAAGAUACGAAUCAUCGACAAUUGAUGAGAGAGAUCUCCGCCGCGGUUUGCCAAUUCACCUUUGUUGGCCCCCUCCUGAUUCCAGAGCAUGAUGAACACAAAUGCAAGAAAUGCAUCUUGACGAAAGCUGCUGCCAAGCUUCGUAUAGAAAGAAUUGAAAAGCCAAUGCCUCCAAACCGUGGUGAAGGAAGAGCUGUACUGCUGGAACUGCUCUGCCCGGCCGCUUACGCAGCAUACCGCGAAGCCACGUGGGCUAUCAUCGCCAGGCUUGCGCUUCCAAACAUUGAAAAAACAAAGAGUGAACCUCUCACCAUGGUUGAAGGCUACUACGCCGAAUUUCGCAGAGCACGGCGGCCGAACGCUAGCAAGAAAGGACUUACUCUGGCCUCCCGAACGAAAUCGUUCUUGCAGACGCACUACCGAUUCGCCAACUUCCCCAUUGCCUGGGAAAGAGUUACUGUCAACAAUGGACUAAGAUUCGAGUACUACGAUUGCACACGUAAAGUGUGGCUUGCCGAACAUACACAUCGAGUUACAUUCAGCCACCACUGUAUGAUCCCUCUCCCUCGGCACAGCCCUUUUGCCAGAAUCGCUUUCCCUCCCAGGAUUUUACCUGAGAAUACUAUUGCGAAAUACUUGAGUGCUGAUGCCGAUAUUACAUCUAACGAAAUCCUCGCCGGGCUGCCUCGGUGCCCUCAGGCCCUCGGUUUUCCAGAAUUCCUAGCCUUCCAAGGACUCAUAUGCGGCAAUGGUCGUUUGUGGCAGGCGAUUCUUGUUGAGCUAGGCUCCUCGAAUCUCAACUUCAGCUCCGAGGCCGUCAUGAUUUUGACUAAAUCAUUAAUUUGUCGAACCGGUCCUAUGAGCGAAGACACCGACCAUGUGGCAAAUGCUGUCUUUCGCGAUCCUAGCUUUUGCAGAGCCCUGUUGAGCCAGACUGCACGACGUCUGCAGAUGAUAAGCUCAAACCCAAGUGAGCAUUACUGUAUGGAAAUCUUGAUCAGCUUGAUUCUGAAAGUGAAUGCUGUCGGAGACAACGGCUCGUGCGAACAAACUUCGCAGUUGCUUGAAGUGGCCAGAGGAAUCACCAUUCAGUGGAUCAGGAUGCUCCGUAAGGAGUUCUGUGACACAACGAACGACAAUGCCUCCGCGCGAAUCUCAUAUUUGAUUCUGUGGGCUGCUUUGUUGUGCAGACGAACAUUCUCCAUAUUCACCCAAGAACAGCCGAUGAGCCUUCAACCGUCGACGAUUGAUGUCGUAGGGGUGCAAGACAACAGCACAGUCCUCAUUCCUUUACCAGCACUGACCUCACUCCUGGAAGCUUCCAUCGCUCUACACGAAAAUCAACCAGUUGAACCAGAGAAACUCCAACCCACGCUUCGCACCACGUUGAUUCGCGACAUCAAAAUGAUUUUCCGUCUUCAGGAUUGUCUGGAACGUUCGCUGGAGAAGUAUCCCAGCUCUUUGAUCAUCGCCGCAGUCCAAGCAAAUGUGAUGAGCCGUGAAGCUAUAUCUAUCCGAUCGACGUCAUUCAGUUUUGUGGAGAGUUCAGACGGGAAGUGGGCAAGCUUGAAGCUUCCAGGCAGUCGACGCACGGAACCGCAAGUCAUCCAGUUUCACCUCAUUGCAGGAACGGUACUGUUAAACGGUAGGACUGUGGAAAAGGAGCUUCCGCACGAGAUUCGCCGCUCGGCAGGACUAUGCCGGCUUUUCCCACACCAAAAACUCAUUGUCUGGCCCUCCGCUGCCCAUGGAAUGACCUACAAGGUUGGUUUUGAUAUCGAAGGCCACGAAGUUCACCUUGGAUUUCGGCAGGAUGUUCUCGUUGUCCGUGCUUGGACGAAAGAUGCAGUACUCGAAUUCAUACCUGACUACAUUUUCACGAAUGAAGCGUCCUCUGAUAUUCCCGCAUCAUUGAUUGAAAAUUGUGUGCAUUGGCUCAACUUGGGCGAGAAUGUCAUCGAGGUCAGGAAGGAGCCGCGGAUAUGGAGAUCUAUACAGUCGAACUGGAAAAUCGAUCUCCGUAGCUUCAUGGCCAAGCGCAGAGACUCGAUACUGCUUGACCCAGGCAGUAACCUCGCUCAUCACUUUGCGAGUAUGUUCAAGGGGUUCGAGGAUCCACGACACAUCACGGUAUUCCAGCCUCUUCGGGGUGCGAUUCAGGUCGAGCUUCGUCGCUUCGAGCUCACUUUCUUUGUCAACAUCGACGGCUUCUUGGAAUGCCAACAGUUUCGGGCGGAGAUCGACGUGAACCAGGAUGCAGGAACCUGGUAUGGCCUUACCUCGAAGAUCGUCCUCCGCGACGUCGAUAACCGGAGACGCCGAAGUGUCAUCGUGCCAUUAGGAUCUCCGACAGUGCAGCGUAGGGGAAUCCAUGUGAACGUCGAGAUUCGAAACAGCGAUCCUGUUUACGCUCGUUACUUCUUGGACGACGUCUUGGGAAGGGUGACCUGUGCAUCAGAACCUAGACUGUUUUACACCAAAGCGUUGCUGCACGCAUAUACCUCCUUCUGUCUUCCAGACCCGCUGACAGGUAGGACGGGGACUGAGGAGGCGUGCCAUAUUCUGCAGUCCGGGAGCUCUCAGCCGUAUGGACCGCUCAAUAAUGCCAAUAGACAGCUCCUCGAUGCCAUUGCGAAACUGGCUCCAGUGCGGCAAUACUACCCGCCAGACCUCCGGAGGCUAGAAAAGGUGUUAUGGAAUGAAAAUCUCACAUAUUGCAUACAGCAUGACCAAUAUCGCUCGCUCGUUGCUGAGAUCAACCAAAAGUCCGUACUACUUUCUCAGUUUGACUUGGACCACGAUAUCGCCACUGAGACCCAGGAUUUGUCGGGAGCAACGGACAACGUGGACACAGAAGAAUCCAUUCCGCAUCUUUCUAAGAGAAGUCAGGCUCGUCAAGGGCUUUAUCGGCGGCCCCGUGCAGCGUCGACCAGUCCUGGAGAUGCUCCGGACCUGUCCUAUAAUCCACGUGGUUAUCAAAACUACCAACAAAGCCAAGAGCACGUUUUCCAGGCUGCUCGCUUGAUUCAUACGUGGCCAGCCAAAGUGCCCUCUCCAACAUUGUUGUCGUUGAUGUUUCAGAACUGGCCUUCUAUCGGUGGUUAUGGCGACGAUUCUGUCAGAUUUGAACCAGUGCGGCUGACGGAGUGCCUCGAUGUUGAUCUUGCCUCCUCUUGGGGCCAGUUGGUCAACUUUUAUCGCAUGGAAGGCCGCCCGGAAGCAAAGUACAAACUCAUGUUUCUGACGGCCCUGAUAUGUUUCAGAGAAGAAAUCAACAUGAGGGCAGUCCAGACCCUUGUCGCCUUCGCAAUCCUGGAUGAUCUCAAGAACAUCGAUUUACCGUCUUGGCCUUCGUACACGCAAUUCCGCCCUGGGUUUCGUCCAAAGACUGAUUAUUUCCGACAACUGUUGAUCCCAUGUACCCGAUCCUUCUCAGCGCCACAGAUACUAUCACACACUCAGAAAGAGAGGAAGGCCGUCGAUGCUGCAAGAAAGGAGCAUGAAGCUAGAGCUCUGGAACAGCUCGAUGCUCUCACAGGAUUCGCGUGCCAUCAGUGGCCGUGCCCUCAGCCGAACUUCGAAGGGUUUACAACGGAUGUCUUAGACUUGGCCACAGCUUCGGCAUUGAUUGCAAGGGAGUGGAGUGCCAUGUUUCGAAACCACGAAUUUGAAGAGCAUAUACAGCAAGUUCAGGAUGUCUUGGAUAAACAUCGCUCGCCCCUGCCUACAAGAGGGAAGAUCCAAAUCAAUCACUCUUCAUCACCAUCUGCGCCACGAGGUUUCCCAUUGAUAUGCUCUCACUUGCUCGAGAAGGAGGGGCCGAGGAUGGCAAAUCAGGAUGCCGUGGUUCAGAAUCCAGCUUCCUGCACAAAGAGAACAGACGUCAAUCACUCCAGUCACGACAUCCACGAGUUGAGACGGAUUGUUCAACAAAUGCCUAUGUCAAAAUCCUUUGUUAGGCAUGAAUACCUUCGCGGCCUGCUCAAUUCGAUAUCGGCCCUCGAAAGCCAUCGAGCAAGACCUGUCGAAGAAAUUUCAAGGUUUGAUAUGAAUCAGCUGAAUCAAUUUAUCGCCGAGGCAGAGCAUGCCGUGAGUUCGCGAUUUGAUAUGCUAGUACAGGCUUUUCAGAGAGACGAGCCUGGGGCGACCUGGCUACAUGCAGUUGGGAUCUGGCCUUUAACAACCUAUGUAUCUGUCCUCGAGACUCUGCGCAGCAACAGUUCCAUUCCACUAACAGCAUCAAUGCGAGCCGCCGUUGUUGAUUUUGGCGUUGCAAUCACUCAGUUGCAGCGAUUUCUUCGCAUACAGGACGCAUCUCUUCGCAGAAAGUCUCAUCUUCACGAAGAAUUGAAAAACCCGGGUCAUUCCAAUUGGAAUCCGAACGAAUAUCCCGACUGGUUACUUCUAGAGAUCGAUACAAAUACUCUCAUCCGUCCCAUUCAGGUCGAGGUCGCACUGGCCACCAUAUCGCCGGCGUCUGGAUCAAACUCAGUACUACAACUAAACAUGGGCCAGGGAAAGACGUCAACAAUCAUUCCUCUGGUUGCGUCUGUCUUAGCGAAUGGUCAGUCACUGUGCAGAAUUGUCGUCCCUAAGGCUCUGCUGUUACAGACUGCACAACUACUGCAACUACGACUGGGCGGCCUCUUGGGGAGAGAACUACGCCAUGUGCCGUUUUCCCGCCGCACUCCCUCCAAUCCAGAAAAUAUUCAGGCGUAUGGGGAGAUCCACAAAGCCAUUUUGAAAAGCUCCGGCGUCAUCAUAGCACUUCCAGAACACAUCAUGUCUUUCAUGCUCUCUGGUCAACAACGGCUGGUGGAUGAGAAAACCCAAGAAGCCACCCAAAUGAUCAAAGUGCAAAAGUGGCUUACCGGGAAGAGCAGAGAUGUAUUCGAUGAAAGCGAUUUUACAAUGGCAGUCAAGACGCAACUUAUCUAUCCAUCCGGCCCGCAAAUUACUGUCGAUGGCGGCAACUAUCGUUGGGAGGCAAUAGAAGCCAUCCUCAAGCUUGCCGAGUCACACUUGUAUGUGCUGGAGCGGUCGCAUGAAUCGAGUAUUCAAGUGGUCCGUCGCGAGACUGGGGGCUUUCCGUUCACCUACUUCCUCCGGAAUGACGUCCAAAACGCGCUGAUCCAGCGGAUCGCGAAUGAUAUCUGCAGUGGGCGAACACCGCUGUUGAACGCAGAGAACUUCUCCUCGUCUGAGAUAGAGGCCAUAAGAUCGUUCAUUACAGAGGCAAGACCGCAUCAGGCUGUGAAUGCGUGCAUCUCGGACAUUUACAAGAGCAGCCAGACUGACGGUAGCAUCAUAUAUCUCCUUCGUGGCCUCCUUGUUCAUCGGAUCCUCAUCCUCACGCUGAGCAGACGAUGGAACGUUCAGUAUGGUCUCCAUCCCCUGCGAGAUCCAGUGGCGGUCCCAUAUCUAGCCAAGGGUGUCCCGUCACAUCUUGCUGAAUGGGGUCACGUUGACGUGUCAUUACUUUUCACCUGUCUCUCUUUCUACUACCAAGGACUAUCUCCGCAGCAGCUAAAACAGAGCCUGGAGCAGAUUCUAAAAUCGGAUGACCCGGCGAGGGAAUAUGAACAAUGGACCCGAGACAGCACCAGACUGCCCGAUCGACUUCGAGAUUGGACGUCCAUCAAUCUUGAAGACAGCCUCCAGCUGUUGGAAAUAUGGCGCGGCGUCUGCCACAACAUUGCGGCUAUCGACUAUUUCCUCAACAACUUUGUGUUUCCGAAACACGCCAAGCAGUUCAAGGUCAAGCUCCAAGCCAGUGGAUGGGAUCUUCCUUUAGCUGGCAGCGGAACCAGCCUGACCACAGGCUUCAGUGGCACCAACGACAACCGCUUGUGCUUGCCGCUGACCAUCAAACAGGACGACUUGGUGGAAUUGGCGCAUACCAACGCUGAGGUCUUGACUUAUCUGUUACAAGACCGGAACCGGCAAUACAGCCUUGCAGGCUGGAGAGAUGUCUCCCACGGACGGAGCGUCUACCGAAGACUGAGCGAGCCUGAUCUUUUAGGCAAGCUGUUUCACAAGAAAAUCCGCAUAUUGAUCGACUCUGGUGCAAUCAUCUUGGAGAUGACCAACGCGACACUGGCAAAGAUGUGGCUUGAUAUCGAUACAGAGGCAACAGCUGCCGUGUAUUUUGACGAGAACAACAAAGCCACUGUCUUGUCUCGAAGUGGGCGACGGAUUCCCUUACUGGCAUCGCCCUUUGCAGAUGAUCUGAGCGGGUGCCUCGUGUACCUUGACGAAUCUCACACUCGAGGCACAGAUAUGAAAUUCCCGCCCGAUGCUCGAGGUGCAGUGACGCUCAGUCUCGGUCAAACCAAAGACCACACCGUUCAAGCCGUCAUGCGUCUUCGGCAAUUGGCAACCACUCAAUCGGUCACGUUUUUCGCACCACCAGAGGUCCACCAGUCGAUUUUGGACUUUCGUAACAAAGGAGAACACUGGCAUCUCACCUCUCGUGAUGUGGUGUGCUGGCUUCUAGAACAAACCUGUCAGGGCCUUGAAAACCUCCAACCACUCUAUUAUGCUCAAGGCCUCAACUACUGCCGGCGAACACAAGCGGAGCGUGACCACCCCCUAUUUUUGACGCAUCCAGCUGAGCGACUUGCCUACUUGAACGCUCUUCGGAGCUACGAACAGCAUUCUCUGCAAGCUCUUUACGAGCCACGUUCGGCGAAGCCUCGAAAACGUGUUCGAGAUGAAAAGUUCGAUGAAAGUCUUACCAAGCAUGUCAAGCAGCUCGAACGACGACGGAAGGCCUUUCAUGACUCCGGAAAUGCCGUGCACGCCUCAGCGUUGCAGGAGGUUGAGCAGGAACGUGAAGUUGCCGUGGAAGUGGAAACGAUCCGUGAAAGACAAAACCCGUUAUACUUCCACCCUCAGACCUUUUCUGGACUCGCCGCAGAGAUCAGACAUUUUGUACAGACGGGGUCGUUAAGGGCUGAUGACAAGGUCUGCGAAAGAGCAUUUUCGUACAUGGCUCGGACUGAGACCAGCCUGAAAUAUCCCGCCAGUCUCCCGGCGACCCCACAACUGCUUGUCUCUGCGGAAUUCCGGCGUGCGGUCAUAGUGCCUUCUGGCAGACCUAAUGAUGACUUUUUGCGCGACGUCCAGUAUAUUCUCUGGAGUCUGGCCACAGAGACAGCAAUCCUCGUGAGCCCGGAAGAGGCAGAAAUUUUGAAUGACCUCUGCCGAAAUGCCCCGAAGAGGGUGGUACAUCUUCUGACUUACGCGGCGCCUGUCACGCAGAAGAUGCUCCAGUUCAACGACUUGAAUUACUAUGCCGUACCACCGCUCCCACUGGGCUGGUCCGCACCGACGUGGCUGAAGAUCCAGGUUGGCAUAUUUGCCGGUCGUCUUUACUUUCCGUUCGAAGAACUCGAGCAGAUCCGGUCCUUUUUGGGGCUGCAAGAUAGUCAACUAAUCCGCACCCACAAUCGACUGGAUUCGGCCAUUGAAGAAUCGCAGAUUGAUGAUGUGGGCACUUCCGAUGACAACCAGACUCUUGCGAGUGAACAACAACAGAUGGCCAGUGACGUGGCAGAAACCCAGCAGGCCCAGGCCGCGAAGAUGGAAGCUGCCAAGAUGCUGAUCUUCCUGCACGCAUGGCUUGGUACCAGGAGUCGGGGUCAGGACUUUACUCACACUCCAAUGGGAUACAUUUGUGCACGGAAACUAUUGACAGAGGAUCACCCAUUCUUCCGGACGGUCGCCGACGAAUGGGUUAGGACCAAGGUCAUUCAUGGCAUAUCUGAGGACAAUUCGGACAAUCAGGUUGGCACGCAGGAUGGCGAUCAGGAUAAUGCAUCCGAUCUGGAGGAUGAAGAGUUGGAUGAGCGGCAGAAACUGACGGAGGAAGAAUUGAGACAAUCGGAGGAGAUGAAUUCAGGACAAGAAGAAGACAUUACCGUCCCAGCGGUUGGUGACGACAACCAGGAAGCUGCUGAGAGUGACGUUGCAGAGCUAAUGUUUGAUGAGGAUUGA